GUUUGGAAAAUAAAAAUUACAAAAGUAAAGAAAACCAAACAAAGAGUAUUGAAAUAUAUUUGGUCAUCACUUGGAUAUAAAGGAUUUGAGAUUGAAUCUAAUUCAAUUUCAAUUGGCAAAAAUAAAUUUUCUUUGAAAAUCUUGUUACACUCACUAAACUUGCCAACUAAUACUAGUCAGCAUCUUAUUUAUUACCCAAAUAAUCCAAACACAAUAAAAGAUGUUUGUGAAGCACUUGAAUUUCUUCAUAUUCAUGAAAUUCUAUGUGUUGGUCCAAAGAAUUACCAAAGGUUUAAAGAUAUAUUCUAUAAUACUGAAAAACUUGCUUAUAGAUGUUUCAAAAAAUCACCAAGUUUAUGGAGGUUGAAUGAUAUUCGUCAUGAUAUUAUGGCGAAUUUGAUUAGAGGUCAUAAUAAUUCUUUGAUCAAGAAAAUCUUAUUUAAAGAUAAUGAAUUUGGUGAUAGUAACCAAGCCUUAAAAAUUGAUAAACAUUAUUUGCAUACACCACGUUUAUAUGGAUGGCAAAAACAGAGAAAAACCACUGAUUUGGAAUUAGCAAUUAAUGAUCUUAAAGAUACUGUUAUAGUUGGAUUUUUAUUAGAAUAUUAUUCUAAUCAUGCAAUGGAAAAUAUUGGAUGGAUGUUUACUGUAGCCAAAGCAAUUCCAUUGUUAUUAAAUCAUAAUUUAG